AUGUUUCUGGUUCUAUUGCUCUUGUCUUUCCUCCCAUCAUGUGACAGAGAUACGUGGUCCUGCUCGUGCGCGAUCGCUCGUAUCCAGACUAACCAUGUGGGUCCGCGUUGUUCUUCAAAAUCCAUAUAUACAAUAGCCAUGUCAAACAAGGGCAAACUUCUGAGCGAGAAAGAGCUCGAUGAUUAUUUCCAGCAAUAUGAAGAUUGGGCCACGGGAGAAGAUCAAGAUGAAGUCCCCAUACUAGAAGAGGAAGACUUUCACAUGAUAUGUGAUAUCAUCAAAGAUCUCUUUGAGCAUAUCCGUUGUCAAAAGAACACAAUUGCCAACCUGGUUGAAAUAGGUCGUUCAAUAAAGACUCUUGGAGGUACUCUCAGGAAGGACGUUGAUAGCCUUAAAAAGCUAAAGAGGAAGGCUACUAGAAGUGUUGAGGAGGGGGAAGAUGGCUCUCGGGUGAAGAGGGUGAGGAAGCAUGUAUCUCGUAAAUAG